UUUUAUUGAAUGUUAGGUAUAUAUUGAUACCUGCUACUUCGUUCGAAAAGUACUACGAUUAUACCUACUUCUUCUAAUAAUUUUUAAUUUUAAAUUAAGUUUUUAUUUCCAAACGCACCGUUUAUAUAAAACUUAUAAUAAAUCAAUCAAUUAGAAAGCUUACAGUAGUAGUAGAUUGACUACAUUUAUCCAAAAUUUUUAAUUAAAAUUUAGUUUAAAAAAAUGGAAGGUGAUAAAGGUUACGUUAAACAAAUAGAUCCUAUUAAAGGUAAAUGUUUAUUUGCAACUAAACACUUUGAGCCAGAUGAAUUGAUUUUUGAAGAAACUCCAUUUGUAUCUUGUCAAUUUUCUUGGAACCGUCUUUACGGUUAUCGAGCAUGCGACCAUUGUUUAAGUCCUCUAGAAACUGUUAAGGAAAAUAUAGGCAGAUUAACAAAUUAUGAAAUUACAGAAGUUCCUUAUGAGGAGUUUUGUCCCACAAAGGAUAAUGUGAAAAGUCAUGUUCAGUGUGAAUUUUGUAAAGUAUAUUAUUGCAGUCAUAAAUGUUUAGAAAGUGCCUACAAUCAAUAUCAUCAGCUUCUUUGCAGGCCUGAUAAAAGUGAUCCAUUGCAUCAGUUGGAAGAAUUAUGGAGGACUAUGCACUAUCCCCCAGAAAGUCACAACAUUAUGCUGUUAUGCCGUUUAUUGGCUACAAUAGAGUUAUCGCCAUCGCCUCAGCAAGCCAACGAAAUAAUUUCUAAUUUUUGUCAUCGAACAGAAAAUGAAAAUGAGAGACUAGUGCAUAAAAUGUUGGGAGAGAAGUUUGCAGAACAAAUUGAACAGCUACGUUAUGGUGUUUUGAAAUCUUUGUCAGUUAGAGAAACCAGUCAUUGGUUAACGCCUAAUGGUUUUAAAUCAUUAUUGGCUUUGAUUGGUACAAACGGCCAAGGAGUUGGAACGAGUGCAUUUCAGCGUUGGUCAAAUGUUUGCAAGAAAUCGCUUUCUCCUGAGCAGUUGGAAAACUUUGAACAUUUUGAGGAUAAUGCAUACAAUGUGAUGGAACAAGCGGUGGGUAUAGAUUUUUUGGAUAAUGAAGGUUCAGCAUUAUUUCAAGAGCACAGCUCAAUCAACCAUAGUUGUUAUCCUAAUGCCGCAAGUGUUUUUAAUGGAAAUCAUAUUUUGCGGUUAGUUGCCGUACGCUCAAUUGAACCAGGAGAUGAAAUUAAUACUAGUUAUAUUGCUCCUUGCGAACUGGAUCAUAGUAGACACACCAGACAAAAAUAUUUACAAGAAAAUUAUGUAUUUACAUGUCGAUGUAUGAAAUGUGAAGAACAAGCAAACGACCCUGAUGAAACUAGUGACGAAGAUAAAGAAAUGGAUGAAGGUGAAGACUAUGGCGUUUAAAUAUAAAUAGUAUAUUGUUAUUAUUUUUGAAAAUAAAAAAAAGUAACAAGAA